AUGUAUGUGGCUGGCACCUUACCUGUUUGAGCUACAGGUGCUGAGCCCCUUCUGAAGAUUUCUAAAACAGCCUGUGUAGAAAAGACUACACCUUUCUUUUUUCCACUUGUCUUUUAACAAACUAUAAAUUUAGAAACAGGAAAGGGAGCAGGUAAGGAGAAAAUAGGAAGCUUUCAGGAGAGUUGAAGGGAAGUGAGCAAUUGAAGAUGGCAAAUUCUAGUAGAAGAGGAAUUACAUUCUUGAAGAUGUAGUCUGAUCAGCAUUUGUUUACACACUUGAUACUGUGAUGUAGGAAGUGAUGAGAUGCUGCAUACUAUAUGGUGAUAAAACAAGGGACACAGAACAGGGCAGUUGGUUGCAUUUAGGCCUCUUGUCUUCAUGUCCACAUUUUCCCUCUGAGUAAAAUUUCAGGCUUCAGCAACAAUUACAUUGCACUUCAUGAUUUGUAAAAUACUUUCUCCUACAUGAAAUUGGGUUGGCUUCAGCUGCAAGUAGCAAUGUCCAAAACAAGAAGGACACACUUGACUGUCUACCUGAUGUCCGGGGAGAUGGUGAGUUUUAAAAGGGUGGCCCAGUUUUCCUGCAAUUCUCCUGGCUGGCGACUUCCUGUUCUCCUUGUGUUUGCUUUAGCCUCAGGCUGGUAGCAAGUUUGGUAUCUUAUACCCAAACACAGCAGCAUUCAGAAAAAGAGAUCUCAGGAGCCCUCAGCAAACCUUGUCUCGUGUCUCCUUGAACUAGCUUACAAGUCAUUGCAUACCAUUCUUCGGUAGAGAUCUUCCUUAGGUAGUGACCACCUGCUCCUGGGGCUGCCCUGGGCUCAGCUUCCCAAAGCAUGUGGGCAUGUGAGGGAGGGGUGGAAUCCCGAAUCUAAUCAAGGUUCCAUCAGGAUGGAGGGAGUGGAGAAUGGAUGUUGGGUAGGCAGUCAGUAAGGUUCAUGACAUACAGCAUCUCAACUGUUCUUCAAUCACAGGGGUAUUUUUACAUAUCUAAAUAUCUCAAGAGACCCCUGUGAGUUCACUGUUAUGUCUGGGGUACCUUGGCAAGUGGUUUGAGAAACACCAGUUAAAGUGAUUUGCCCAGGGAUGUACACCUUGAAAGAGGAAGAAAUAGAAUGUAAAAUUUAAAAUUCUGAUCCCAGGUCUUGUUCUUGUGACUUUUUUAGGGCCCUUCCUAUAAGUUCAUGUUUCCUCUACAGCUCAAAUUUUUCAUUUGAAAUCAGGGUCCAGUGAGAAAUGUAUGACCCACAGAAGGUCUUUAAAACAGAGGAAAUUUUAUACAGAGAAUUACAUUAGUGGUGAAAGAGCAGAGAAACCUGGGGAUAAGGAGUCAUGUGAGCAAAAAUAGGAAGCCAGAAUUAAUCCUAGGGCUCUAAGGAUGAUGGGAAAGUUGGUAUUACCUGGACCCAGAAGCCCAGGUCCCCUCAGGGAAGCUGGACACACCUUGGAGAUGUAGCCACUACCGGAGACCUCAGGAAGGUGGAAGAGAGCCACGGAACACCCUGGCUUCUUUCCUUCUCCCGCUCCCUCCCCCAUCUUCCUACCAAUGCCUUCCAUUAUAAUCUACGAGAACCCAGAAAGCAAGGGAACCUGGGAAAUGUAGUCUCUUAAGAUAAAGUGCUUGGGAGGAAAUACAGCAAACAAGCCGUUGAGUGGCUCCACAGAUAGUCACAUGUAUUUUACUCAUUCAAUAAUCCUGUUAGCAAAUAUUUAUUGAAAACCUACUAGGUGCCGGGUGUCAUUCUUACCCUAGGUGCUGGUGAGCAAAACCAACCUGAUCUCUACUCUUAAGGAGAUCAAAGACUGACAUAGGAUAUGGAAUAAAUGCAGAACUACUUAAUUAUAAAAUUUAUUAUAAGCAAGGAGGGAAACAUCAGGGUGCUGCAAGACAGCUAGUGAUUUUAGGACUCCUGAGCUGUGUGUAUAGAAAACUUUAGAGUUAGGAAAAGACAGAAUAUCUGUGUCUCUGAAAAGUUUGUAAAAUGAUAUCAAUUCAUUAAUAUUUGUACUUAAUCCCUGUAUAACAAGGCUUUAUUAUCUCCAAGCCACGUGUGAGAUCAUGUGUAAUUUGUGCUUUUGUGUGUGUGUGUGAGACAGAGAGUGAGAAAGAGAAAGAGAAAGAAUGGUGCAAAGGAAGAUCCCUUUAAAAAAUCACUUAAACUCUCCAAGGAGCCGGAGGGCUCACACCAGCUAAUCUCUGUCAUGCUUUCCAGCACCCCCUCUCUUCUCAUCAUAACUUGUGAUCUUAGAGGCAUGAAAGAAUUUGAGCCCCUCCUCCAGCCCGACCAUCUCUGCUGGCUGCUCAGCCAGGCUCUGUGUCCAAUCCAGUUUGAAGCACAAAGCCGAGAACAGUGCAGGAGGCUGUGGGCCCGAAGGAAGGAAGGUUCCUCACCCAGUGGCCAUGGGUGGUAACAGUGGGCAGGCUGGUUUCCACACCUAUAAAUCCUUAGCUGAGGUUGGCCCCUGUGGCUCCGUGCAGCCACCUGAGAGACCCCGGGGCAGACUGAUCAUGCACAGCAUGGCCAUGUUCGGCCGGGAGUUCUGCUAUGCAGUGGAGGCUGCUUACGUGACCCCAGUCCUGCUCAGUGUGGGUCUGCCCAAGAGUCUGUACAGCAUGGUGUGGCUCCUCAGCCCCAUCCUGGGGUUCCUGCUGCAGCCUGUGGUCGGAUCAGCCAGCGACCACUGCCGGUCCAGGUGGGGCCGCCGGAGACCCUACAUCCUCACCCUGGGCAUCAUCAUGCUUUUGGGUUUGGCUUUGUACCUCAAUGGGGACACUGUUACAUCAGCUUUGAUUGCUAACCCAAGGAGGAAGCGGGUUUGGGCCAUAAGCAUCACCAUGAUAGGUGUGGUUCUCUUUGAUUUUGCUGCGGACUUCAUUGAUGGGCCCAUCAAAGCCUACUUAUUUGAUGUCUGCUCCCAUGGAGACAAGGAGAGGGGCCUUCACUACCAUGCCCUCUUUACAGGUUUCGGAGGUGCCCUGGGUUACAUUCUGGGUGCCAUAGACUGGGCCCAUCUGGAAGUGGGAAGAGUCCUGGGCACAGAAUUCCAGGUCAUGUUCUUCUUCUCUUCCCUGGUGCUCACUCUCUGCUCUAUUAUUCACCUGUGCAGUAUCCCCGAAGCCCCGCUUAGAGAUGUUGCAAAGGACAUCCCCCCCCAGCACCUUCUGUUGCCAGAUGGAAAGUACGAGUAUGGUUCUAUCGAGAAAGUUAAAAAUGGUUUUAUAAAUCCAGAGCUGGCAACGCAGGGAGAAAGAACCCCAAAUCCUGCUGAACAGCCUCGUAGGACAAUGACCAUGAAGUCACUGCUGAGGGCGCUGGUGAGCAUGCCUCCGCACUACCGCUGCCUCUGCAUCAGCCACCUCCUGGGAUGGACCGCCUUCCUGUCCAACAUGCUCUUCUUCACAGAUUUUAUGGGCCAGAUUGUGUACCACGGGGAUCCCUACAGCGCACACAACUCCACCGAGUUUCUCAUCUAUGAGAGAGGUGUCGAGGUGGGGUGUUGGGGCUUGUGCAUCAACUCCGUCUUCUCCUCAUUUUAUUCUUACUUUCAGAAAGCUCUGGGAUCCUACAUUGGAUUAAAGGGUCUUUACUUCCUGGGAUAUUUGCUGUUUGGCCUGGGGACAGGAUUUAUUGGGCUCUUCCCGAAUGUCUACUCCACCCUGGUGCUGUGUGCCCUGUUUGGUGUCAUGUCCAGCACCCUGUACACCGUGCCCUUUAACCUCAUUGCUGAGUACCACCGCGAGGAGGAGGAGGAGAGGCAGCGCAUCCCUGGAGGUGCUGCAGAUGACAGCGGGAGAGGGAAGGGCGUGGAUUGUGCCGCCCUCACCUGCAUGGUGCAGCUGGCACAGAUCCUGGUUGGAGGCGGCCUGGGCUUUCUGGUCAACAUGGCUGGGAGCGUCAUCGUUGUGGUCGUCACAGCCUCCUCGGUGGCACUGAUUGGCUGUUGCUUCGUGGCUCUCUUUGUUAGAUAUGUGGAUUAGGUCAAUAAAGAGACAUUGAUCAUAACUUCAGA